GGCUGCAUGUCGAAGUGUCCUUGGGUCCUUGGCUACGGCUACGGUAUGUGAGAAAGACUUGGACGGCAAGAGGAGAAGAGACUGCAACGUUAGCCGUGAGGGAUCGAUUAAAGACUGGUGUUGUUAGGUGGCACAGAGCCUUUGAAAACCGACACCGUCCACAAAACCCAGGCUGUCCCGCUGGAUUUGGAAACGUUUCUGUAACGGUGACCGUUUGUUUGUUCGACCCGAUACAGGAUGUCUGGACAGAGCAUUACGGACAGGAUAACCGCCGCUCAGCACAGUGUCACUGGGUCGGCGAUUUCCAAAACUGUGUGCAAGGCGACCACUCAUGAAAUAAUGGGGCCAAAAAAGAAACAUUUGGAUUACUUGAUUCACUGCACAAAUGAGAUGAAUGUGAACAUCCCUCAACUGGCUGACACACUUUUCGAGAGGACCGCCAACACCAGCUGGGUGGUUGUCUUCAAGUCCCUCACCACCACACAUCAUCUGAUGGUCUAUGGCAAUGAGAGAUUUAUACAGUAUCUGGCUUCAAGGAACACACUAUUCAACCUCAGCAACUUCUUGGACAAAAGUGGCCUACAAGGCUAUGACAUGUCAACGUUCAUAAGGCGAUACAGCCGCUACCUGAAUGAGAAGGCUGUGUCCUACAGACAGGUUGCUUUUGACUUUACUAAAGUGAAAAGAGGGUCUGAUGGAGUGAUGAGAACCGUGAACACAGAGAAACUUCUCAAGACCAUCCCCAUCAUCCAAAAUCAGAUGGAUGUGUUACUUGAUUUCAAUGUCAAUGCUAAUGAACUGACAAAUGGUGUGAUCAACGCAGCCUUUAUGCUUCUGUUCAAAGAUGCCAUCAGACUGUUUGCAGCAUACAAUGAGGGCAUAAUCAACCUCCUGGAGAAAUACUUUGACAUGAAGAAAAUCCAGUGCAAAGAAGGACUUGAUAUCUACAAGAAAUUCCUUACACGAAUGACAAGAAUCUCAGAGUUCCUCAAAGUUGCAGAGCAAGUAGGAAUUGAUCGAGGGGACAUCCCAGAUCUGUCUCAGGCUCCUAGCAGCCUGCUGGAUGCCCUGGAGCAGCACUUGGCAUCUUUGGAGGGAAAGAAAGUCAAAGACUCAACUGCAGCCAGCAGGGCAAGCACUCUCUCGAAUGCUGUCUCCUCCCUGGCUAACACCAGCAUGUCUUUCACCAGAGUGGACGAGAGGGAAAAACAGGCAGCCCUGGAAGAAGAGCAGGCUCGCCUAAAAGCACUAAAAGAGCAGCGUCUGAAAGAGCUCCAGAAGAAUCCUGGUGCAGCAACCACAGACUCUUCCCCUGUCUCCACGGUGGGCGGGACCAUCAAUUCAGCCCCUGCCAUUGACCUCUUCGCCACCCCCAGCUCCACCAACAGCACCUUCAAGGCAGCAAAUGACCUGCUGGACCUGCAGCCAGCUUUCGAGCAGCCACUGCCUCUCUCCGCCACCAACACAUGGGGAGAUCCUUUCACCUCGGCUGCAGAAGCUGUGGAGGAAUCCAUUCCAAACUCAAACCCUUUCCUCACACUACCUGUUGUUGAUGCUGUCCACCCGUCCACGGCGUCCUCAUACGCUGGCAGCCUGUCCUCUGGGACGCCUAGCCAUGAAGUGUUUGAUCAUUACAAUCCCUUUUUUGACUCAAGCUUCUCCCUGGCAUCUGAUUUUGAUGCGGCUGCACAAAUAGAGACAUUUAUCACAGACUCUUUCUGUGGGCCAAGCCCUUACAACACCACUGCUCUCUUCCACUCUGAGCCCCCUGCCCUAGCUGGUCUAUUCAGAGGCUUUACAUCCUCCCCAGCGCCCCAGCAGACGCAGAACUCUCAAGGCCUUAAUGUCGACUUUGAAUCGGUAUUUGGCAACAACACCGAUGCCAACAACCUGGAUUCCACAGACAUUUUAGGUGGCAUCCUCAAACCCACAGUGGCAUCCUCACCCAAUCAGGGCAUGAUCCUGAAUGGCAAACAGCCCCACAAGCUGGUGUCCAAUGACCUGGACUCGUCACUGGCCAAUCUUGUUGGCAAUCUGGGAAUUGGUAACGGCACAUCAAAGAAUGAUCUUCACUGGAGUCAGCCUGGUGAGAAGAAGCUGACCGGUGGAACCAACUGGCAACCCAAGACAGCUCCUUCUACCACCUGGAAUCCCGGAACCAUGGCUCCAUCUGUCAUGGCCUUCCCUGCAACCACACCGACGGGCAUGAUGACAUAUGCUAUGCCUCCUCACAUGGGUUCCAUGAUGAUGACACAGCCCACGAUGAUGUACACCCAGCCUGUGAUGAGGCCGGCCAACCCCUUUGGCCACAACCCAGGUGCACAGAUGCAGUUUAUGUAACCUGAAGGGGGAGGGAAUCUUUCCAUUUGAAGAUGGUUCACAACAAAGUCAGCUAUUCAAGCAAACCUGCUGUUUGCUUUCAAAUAACUUAACUCUCUCUGAGAAUGAAAGGCCCAAAUUAGACUUGUUGAAUAAAAUCACAGUGACUAGGAGUGGCUCUGGCCAUCUCAGACAGGCAUCACAGUGGACAGUGUGCCCAUGUAGUCAUGUGUAAGUCGUAGAAGGUGAAGAAGACUGCUUGCUGCCAUCCAAAACCAUGUGGACGAGGAGCAGCCCCUUCUUUAUCCUGGACCAAGAGAAACAACACCCCAAGGGAGAGAUUUCUGCCAUCACUGUCCAUGUACCUGGAAAAACAUACAAUGUUGGGUUGUCACGCUGGCUAGUUGUCUUUUCUUUUUUUUUUUUCUUUCCUUCCUUUGUUCCUCUUUCUCCAGGUGAGGCAGGGAGAGUCACUUCUUUUGAUUAUCAAUCAUGAUUCCCAUCUUAAAGCAUCCCCUCAUUUGGAAAAAUAUUGCAAACUCCUCUUUGUAUCACACACUUUUAUUUUCAUUUCUUUUUUAUGUAUUGUUUGCAGUAGACAUUCCGUGUGUAUUGUUUGUAUUUAUUUAUGAUUACCUUCAGAGAGAAUGGCAUUUAAAGAAAAAAAAGAAGUAAAUGUAACUAGUCACUGACUUCCUCCUUGUGGAAGGUCUUCAGGUUUAUACAUAGGUAUGAUUGAUUGAUUUUGUAGAAUUGGAUUUUGAGUGAUUGAGAUGAUUUUUAAAAAAAGAAGUUAAUAUAAAGUUUAAACAGAAGACACUCUGUUGGGGCACUAAAUAUUCUCUCUACUCGCAUGAGGCCUUGUGCAGUUAUCUGUGGUUUGGGGGGUGACACUGAGGAUGUGUAUGAACGUAAUAAUUCAUUAACACAGUCAUAUUGGUGGGGCCGAUUUCUAUGAGUUUGGCGUGGGAACAUUUUUCACAUCAGCAAAAGCACUACUUUUUGUGAUUGAGGCAGCACUGCAUUGGAAAGGUAUCUGCUUUUAUGCUUUUGACACUUUUGGCCUGCCAUUUAUUCUUCCAUUUAACAAAGCUCCUGGCUGCCCUUUUCCAGCGUGAAUGUGCAGGGUCUCUUUCAUGCUCAGAUCAUGUUUCCAUAGGCCAGCACUGGGGCAUUUAGAACAAUGUGGGGACAUGGGGAGGCAUCAGGUUCAGGUCAGACUGCUAACUGAGGGGUGGGGUCUGGGUGGAAGUGGUCUAGUUUUGCAGGAGAAUAGAGCACUGUUGAUCGGUGCUUUGUGUAUAUAGAACUUCUCCUGCCAAUCACAGGAAGGGGCGGGUGCAAGUAUGAAAGAUGGUCUGAACAUGAAAGUGUCUGUUUAUCCAUUAAUUGCAAAUAUUUGCUGCAUUGUCCCUGCAGAUUAUAUUUGUUUUUGAUUUUUCCAAUAAAGUGCAAGCUUUCACACUU